AUGUUAUAUCUUUUAACCAUAACAUUAAUCAAGCGAUUCAAUACAUCAAUGAUGCAACAAGCUCAAGGUAACAUCGUCUCCGCGCUACCGCAAUUCUCCGACCCUACUCCAAAGAUAGCUCUGGCCGUGUUAGCCGUUCAACUAGCUAGCUCGUCCUCUCAACUGCAACAUCUCGGCAAGGCCUAG